CACCCAUUUUGCUUGUAGGCUUGUAGCCACCAGGUUAGCACCACUCACCACCCAUCUCCGUCCAAGAGCCCCGACACCACACGCAGAACCUGCUCGGCGAAAUGGCGAUUACGCACUUCGACCUCGAGAUCGCCUCCCGGAUGCUGGUGGGGGCCUCGCGCCCGCCGCCAUGCUUCCCCGCCGUCCUCGCCGUCUCCAACCUCGAUCUCGUCCUCGGCCCCUUCCCCAUCUUCCUCGUUUCCGUCUACUCUGCCCCCGCCGCCGGCCUCGAUGCGGUCGUUUCCGCCGUGCGCGCCGCCUUGCCGUCCUACCUCUCCCUCUUCUUUCCCUUCGCCGGCCGCAUCGUGCGCGAUCCGGAGACCAAGAUCCCCGAGGUCGCGUGCAAUAACGCCGGCGCCGAGCUCGUGGUCGCCGACGCUGCCGUGCAACUCGCGGCCGUCGACUUCUCGGAGGUCGACCGGUCGCUGGGGCUGAUCCAGAUACCGUUCGACCCGAGCCUCGCCAUGUCCGUGCAGGUGGUCCGGUUCGCGUGCGGCGGGUUCGCUCUGACGCUCGCCACGAGCCACCUCCUCGCCGACGGCCGGGCGUUCACCGUGUUGCUGAGCGCGUUCGCCGAAAUGGUCCGCGAGGGCGGCCUCUCUGGCGAACCCCGGCUCGACCGGUCCCUGUUUCGGCCGCGGUCGCCGCCGCGGUACAGCGCGUCACUGGAUGCCGAGUUCUCGCGGUUCACGCCGGAGAGCAUGAUCAACCCCCUCCUGGCCGCGGCCAUCCGGCGUCGCCUGUACCGCAUCGAGGCGGCCGACCUGGCGGCACUCCAGGCUGAGGCAGCGUCGGCCGGCGGCGGGCGCCGAGCGUCGCGCUUCGUGGCACUGUGCGCGCACGUCUGGAAGCUCCUCGCGCGCGCCGUUGGCGACUCCGACCCCAGCUGCCGGAUGGCGUGGAUCGUCGACGGCCGGAAGCUGGUCGAGCCGUCGGACGGCGCCCUGGACCGGUACAUCGGGAAUGUGAUCACCUACACUUCCCGUGAGGCGAGCGUGGCGGAGCUGCUUCGCGCGCCGCUGCGCGACGUGGCGGCCAUGGUGCGCGCGUCCAUCGCGGCGGUGAUGAACGAGGCGCGGUUCCAGGAGCUGGCGGACUGGAUGGAGGAGCGGAAGGCGGCGUUCAGGGAUGGCGGGAAGUGGACGGAGGCGGUGAAUCUUGGGUUCGGGAGCCCCGCGCUGGUGAUCUCCGGGCUGCUCCCGUUCCCCAUCGACGGGGACCUCGGGUUCGGGAAGCCCAGGCUCGUCAUGCCGUGGUUGCGGCACGGCCGGCUGGGCUCCGCGUCCGUGACGGUCGUGCCCAGCCCGAGCGGUGACGGGUCGUGGAUCGUCGGCGCAACGAGGAUGUGGCCGCGGCUCUUGGAGGUGGUGGAAGCAGACCCCGGGAGCUUGCUGAAGCCGGUGAUGGCGGCGGACCUUGGACUGGCGACGCCGGCGGGAUCCCGUCUGUGAGUUCGCAUCGUUCUUUGCGAAUGCACUUCAAAUUGUGCCGUAAAAAUCAAGUCUUUCUAUUUGUUCUUGCAAACUCAUUUGAAGCUUAAGCCCGGUUUGAUAGGCUGCAGCUUGUGCAGAAGCAGCUGCUGGCUGCGUGGCUAAGGAAGCAGCUGUGCCUGCUAGGUUUUUAAGUUGAGAAGAAAAUAGUUUGGAUAGCUGACUUUUGGAUGGGCUAGGUAUCUGCUGUAGCUGUGGUCGAAUGAGGAAAUAUUUGAAAUACCUCUGGUUUAACUGAUUUGUUGUAAAUAUAUUGUUAAAGCGUAGUUGACCUAUUUAAAUCCUCAUAAAGCUGUAACGACUUAUGUACAAAUAAUGACAUCAAACAACACAUACAUCCAUCA